AAUUCCUCGAUGCUACUGCAGCCCAAUGGAGCUCAGCCCUAAUUUCGUCAGAAUAUAAGCAUAGCCGCAGUCGAGGGGGUCAUUGUUGGUAUAAAGAUUAAAGACUACUUGAUGACGUGAACAUCUAGAUAAUCCGUGCACGCUUGCUAUAGAUUAUUCCUCUUCAAUCCCCUACGAUUGAUGCCAUGCAGAAACGAAGGUCACACAAGAAAUCGCGCAACGGGUGCCAAAAUUGCAAGAAAUGGCAUACCAAAUGCGACGAGUCGGGUCCCCCUUGCAACAACUGCACCCUUCGAAAAGCAAAGUGUGUCUACAACAAACCCAAGACCGAUGGAACCAACGAUAACAAUUCUCUGACAUUACGAUCAAAAGAUGGAAGUGCGACAACAAACCCCCUUUUUAUGGAACGGCCGCAGGGCGACGUCGGAUCAUUAUGUGCAGCUUAUGGAGGCCCGUCCAGGUUACUGGAGCUCGAAUUGAUGCACCAAUGGUCAACGAAAACAUACAAAGCUUUCUGCAGUCAAGGCGAAGAUAUCAUAUAUUUACGGGACAUAUUACCACGAUCAUCGCUCAACUACGACUUUAUGUUAAAUUGUCUUAUGUCUAUCUCGUCUCUGCACAUAGCAAACACCCUUAGCAACAAAACAGACGCGAUGAAAUACAUCAACGCUGGAUUGGAAUACUACAACAGAGGCAGUAUUUCAUUUCGGAAACACCUUGGGAGCUUGAAUGCCGACAAUUGCGACGUCCUAUAUAUGUUCUCAGCCAUAGCGGUUUCAGUCCACCUAUCGAUACCCCAGCGUUGCGCCAACGCUCUUGAUCUUCUAAAAUUGGCCUGCGACUUGGUCGGUGGUAGCGCCAACAUUGGAAUGAUGGCGAUGCCAUGGCUUCUGAACAGCAUAUUCCCUUUGCGAGCUUUCAUAUCUCGAAUUGGCGCAUCGAAAGAUCUCAUAGAUGCAGAUUGCAAAGCUGCCUUAGCCAGACUACGCUCAUUAAACGACCAACUGAACAAACCUACAUCAAACUCGAGUAGCGACAUCGAGACACAGAAGCAUGGGGAUGUCGUAGUGAGCAAUCAUGAGAUAUAUGAAUUAGCUAUACAAGCAUUAGAGGCCUCUCUCGCUGAGGAAGCGAGAGGUCUAUUAUCAGGAUUCGCUACUGCAUUUCCUGUGCUAGCUGGUAAACCCUUCGUCGCAAUGGUCACCAAAGCGGAACCCUUCGCUUUGCUCAUUAUAAUGUACUGGACAGUGACUUUGCAAGAAGUGAACUUGGAUAUUUGGUGGGCGAAACCAAUGGGUGUGCAACUUGCAUCGGAGAUCGCAGACUUAUUAGUGAUGACGCAUCCCGCCUUGGCUUUGGAAUGGGCGCAAGACAUGGCAUGGGUCUUGGACCGAGUUGGUGUACCGCCAUCCCCCCAAUUGUCACAACUGUCAUACAGCUCAGGGACUGAGGCCUCCUGCUGGGAAAUUACAUAACAAAACGAGGGCGCAAAAGAAACAAAAAAAAAAAAAAAGAA